GGUGGAAUGUGUAAACUGUAUUAUCCAUAGCGAUGCUUGAAUUUCCCAACGUUGGCAUAUUUGACGUGUGAGAACCUGAGCGACGACUCUUCGUAUAAUUUAAAUAUGUUGCGAUUAAUAAUUGCAAUUACAAUUUUAUUCUCCGGAAUAAUCGCAUCUCCCCUGGAAACGGUAACAGACGAUGAUCUUAUGAAUCUCAUACAAAAUGAAAAAUAUGUGGUCGUGUUGUUUACAAAAGAGAAUUGCGAGCAGUGCGAUAAUUAUGAGAAUGAGAUGAUUCACUUGCGAGAAGAUCUAGUCGAUUCCAUAAAUGCUUAUGUCGUUAAAGCUGUGAGUAGUCAGUUGCUCCGACUUUACACCAUAAGCCAAGAACCGGCGUUGGUAUUUUUCAGGCAUGGAAUUCCGCUUCUAUACGACGGACGUCUAAACGAUGAAGAUAUAUUAACCAUGUUCACUGAGAAUAAAGAACCGUUGGUAAAAGAACUAACGGAUGAGACGUUCGAACAUUUAACCCAAGCAAGUAGCGGAGCAACUACCGGGGAUUGGUUUGUGCUGUUUUAUACCCCGAGCUGCAUAGAAUGUCAGCGACUCGGAGCUAGAUGGGAAGCAGUGGGUGCAAAGUUAAAACAGAGAGUGAACGUAGCUCGUGUGAAUAAAUAUACAACGGGAGCAUCUACAGCUAGGAGAUUCAAUGUCGUCGACGUACCAGAAUUUAUAUUAUUCAAACAGGGAAAAAUGUAUCGCUACCAAAUUCCAAAGUAUGACGUGAGCUCAUUUGUGUCAUUUGCUAGGGAUUGGUAUAAAAAUGCUCGCAGCGAGAGAGUUCCCGUGCCUCAAAGUCCUUUCGAUGACUUUACGCAGAUAAUAGCGAACUUCCUUCGUGAUAACCCUUGGGUAAUGAAACUUGGUAGUAUCACAAUUGGCGUGUUCGUUAUCGUUUCGGUUGCAUCUAAAUUAAGACGCAAAUCUGAGCCAUCACAGCAGAAGAAAGAAAAAUAAAGGUACAUUUCUUUUCCAAAAAAUCCAUGUAUAUAUUUUAUCGGCAGUAAGAGUGGGAUUUUCCGUGCGUAAAUUGUGCCACGAUUGGGAUUGAAUCGAGAAUUACACACUAUCGGGGAAACGUAUUGUUAAUAAAUACUCCUUGUACAAAUAUAUAUUUCCUUUUUUAUCGAUCGGUGAAAGGACUUUAAGUAGAUUUUUAAAAAGCGUACAAUAAACUCUGGCUGUGUAGUUUGAA